AACCACCAUUAACCCUAAUUUUUGCCGAACUCUGUCUUCUGCUGAAAACCCUAGAUCUACAGAUCUCCCGAAUCUCUCAGGGAGAUAUUUGAAGAUGGUGUCUGACGCUAGCAAGAAGAAGGCAGCUCAGAAGAAAGCCGCCGCCGCCGCUAAAAGAGGUGGUAAAGCUGCUGCUUCUUCUAAAUCCGCCGCUACUUCUUCCAAUGGAGUUGAUAGCUUGUCGAGCGGUGUCGACGCUCUUCAAAUUUCUGAUCGGACUUGUACCGGAGUUCUCUGUUCUCAUCCCCAAUCUAGGGAUAUUCGAAUAGAAUCUCUGUCUGUGACGUUUCAUGGUUAUGACCUUAUUGUUGAUUCAAUGUUGGAGCUUAACUAUGGAAGGCGUUAUGGUCUGCUUGGGUUGAAUGGUUGUGGAAAGUCCACUCUUUUAACGGCAAUCGGACGCAGAGAGAUACCGAUUCCGGAUCAUAUGGAUAUCUAUCAUCUUUCUCAUGAGAUUGAAGCUACUGACAUGUCUUCCCUUGAGGCUGUUGUUAGCUGUGAUGAAGAGAGGUUGAGGUUGGAGAAGGAAGUUGAAAUUCUUGUUGAGCAGGAUGCUGGUGGCGAGCGUCUUGAAUCUAUCUAUGAGAGGUUAGAAGCCAUGGAUGCUGCAACCGCUGAGAAGCGUGCUGCUGAAAUUCUGUUUGGACUUGGUUUCGACAAGGAAAUGCAAGCGAAGAAGACAAAAGAUUUUUCUGGUGGUUGGAGGAUGAGAAUUGCAUUAGCAAGAGCUCUUUUCAUUAUGCCAACUAUCCUUUUGCUUGAUGAGCCGACAAAUCAUUUAGAUUUGGAAGCUUGUGUGUGGUUAGAAGAGAGCCUGAAGAAUUUUGAUCGCAUCCUUGUUGUGGUAUCACACUCGCAGGAUUUCUUGAAUGGAGUUUGUACUAACAUCAUCCACAUGCAGAGCAAGCAGCUCAAGUACUACACUGGUAACUUUGAUCAGUAUUGCCAGACUCGUUCCGAGCUAGAAGAGAACCAGAUGAAACAAUACAGAUGGGAGCAGGAGCAGAUUUCUCACAUGAAGGAGUACAUUGCUAGGUUUGGUCACGGUUCAGCCAAACUUGCUCGUCAAGCUCAGAGUAAGGAGAAAACAUUGGCAAAGAUGGAGAGAGGUGGGCUCACUGAAAAGGUUGCCAGAGACAGCGUUCUCGUCUUCCGUUUUGCUGAUGUUGGGAAGCUUCCACCGCCAGUGCUUCAGUUUGUGGAAGUGUCUUUUGGGUACACACCGGACUAUCUCAUAUACAAAAACAUUGACUUUGGUGUCGACUUGGACUCUAGGGUCGCUCUUGUGGGACCUAAUGGAGCUGGAAAGAGUACACUUUUGAAGCUCAUGACUGGUGAACUGCACCCAACUGAAGGAAUGGUGCGACGUCACAACCACUUGAAGAUUGCUCAGUACCAUCAGCAUCUGGCUGAGAAGCUUGACCUGGAAUUGCCUGCACUUCUCUACAUGAUGAGGGAGUUCCCGGGUACCGAAGAGGAGAAAAUGAGAGCUGCGAUAGGUAGAUUCGGUCUUACUGGUAAGGCUCAGGUAAUGCCUAUGAAGAAUCUAUCUGAUGGACAAAGGAGCAGAGUGAUCUUUGCGUGGUUAGCUUAUAAGCAGCCUAACAUGCUUCUACUGGACGAGCCUACUAACCAUUUGGAUAUCGAGACAAUUGACUCGCUCGCUGAGGCAUUGAACGAGUGGGAUGGUGGUCUUGUUCUGGUGAGUCACGACUUCAGGCUGAUCAACCAAGUGGCGCAUGAGAUAUGGGUUUGUGAGAAACAAUGCAUAACUAAAUGGAACGGUGACAUUAUGGACUUCAAGAGGCACCUCAAGGCUAAAGCCGGACUUGAAGAUUGAAGAUAAAGGUCGAGCCGUCUUUCUCUUGAUGGAAAAAGGAAAAGACUCAGAUUGGGUCAUGCCGAGAGAUAGGGAAGGAUUUGGUUUUUUGAUGGUUUUGGGAAUGGUUUUUAACGAGUUCUGAAGCCACACUUGAGAGACAGAGAAACCAUACUCAGUAAUCUCUGC